AUGGCUGCUUCUUUCAAAGCAGACUCCUCUGCUUCACUCCAAUCAGAGCCUCUGAAACGUUUUACUCUUCACGAGUCCGAUAGCGAUGCAAGUUAUGCCUCCUUCACUUCUGACUACUCUACGGUUUUCAGAGCAGGGAGGUCUGCUCCUUACUCUACCGGGGUUGUUAGAAAGAGACAUGCGCCCAGGAAAAGACCCCCCAAAGCGGUAAGACUACAAAAGAGCAGAGAAGUGGAGCAGGUGAUGUCUUGUGAACCUGAUCCGAGAAGAGAAGACAAGCAAAUCAUGGGAUGUAAGAAAAGGAAGUGUGCACCAGAAGAUAAGGAACUAAGUUCAAAUGUGAAGGCUUUGUGCCUAAAGGUUGUGGUUUAUUUGUAG